CUUCCGAAAAAAAUAUUCCGGAAGUAAAUAAAUUUUGACGUAAUAUGGGUCACGCGACUGCGCCAUUUUGUAGGAGUUUUGAUUAUUAACAGAUCUUACAGCUGAAGUAACCUAUUUAUUCUCAAACAAAAACAAGAUGGCAUCAAGAAAAAAGGUUUUGCUUAAAGUUAUUAUAUUAGGGGACAGUGGUGUUGGAAAAACAUCAUUGAUGAACCAGUAUGUAAAUAAAAAGUUCAGUAACCAGUACAAAGCCACAAUCGGGGCAGAUUUCCUUACAAAAGAAGUUAUGGUGGACGACAGAUUAGUUACAAUGCAGAUAUGGGACACAGCUGGGCAAGAAAGAUUUCAGAGUUUGGGUGUAGCUUUUUACAGAGGAGCUGAUUGCUGUGUGUUAGUGUUUGAUGUUACUGUGCCAAAUACAUUUAAACAGUUGGACAGUUGGCGUGAUGAAUUUUUGAUACAAGCUAGUCCGAGAGACCCAGAAAAUUUCCCAUUUGUGGUUAUAGGAAAUAAAAUUGAUUUAGAAAAUAGAGCAGUUACAGCAAAAAGAGCACAGGGUUGGUGUCAGAGUAAAGGAGAUAUACCAUACUUUGAAACCAGUGCAAAAGAAGCCAUCAACGUAGAACAAGCUUUCCAGACUGUAGCCAAGAAUGCAUUAGCGCAAGAAACAGAAGUAGAACUUUAUAACGAAUUUCCCGAUCAAAUAAAAAUAACAAAUGACAGUGGUAAACCCAAAGAGGGUUGUGGAUGUUAAUAUCUAUUAGGAUAAUUUUUAUUUCUGAAAAAUAACUCAUUGAAUUAUGUGUACAGCUUGAAGAACACACACAAGCAUAGAAUGUGAUAUAUAAAACUUUAUUUCAACAGGGUCAAAUGCACCCAGGUCAUUGGAAAAUAACAAAAACAUUUUUCUGUGACAGCAAUUGUUAAAAUAAUUGAUUCAUGUGAUAUUUAACAUUUUAUAUGUGGUAUGACCAAAUCUUCUAUUCCUACAGUUUAAUUUGAUAACAGGUCUAUGGGAAAAGAUAGUUCUGCUUCAAAAUGUCAAAUUUUGUGAGGCAAUGCAAUCAUUUUAGAUUUCAUAUUGAUGAUUAAAGCUUCAUAAAUAAAAAAAAAAUAAUAUAAUGUCUGGGUUGAGUUGAUUUUAUAUUGCAAUCCUGUCUUCAUUGUAAUAUUUCAUCGUCACAUGUAACGCCCCCUCCCCCAAAAUUUGACAAUGUUUAAUAUAACAGAUUGCCCCUGUAUAUCUCUUAAAAGUUAUUAUGAAUUCUUGAAUCAAGACAAUAGAAUGAAAGUGAUUAGUCUGAAUGGGUAAUCUAUUAUUAAAUGCUGAUAUGGAGAAAUGCUUAUUUUGAAUCAUACUAUAAAUUAUAAUAUCUUAACUAUUAUAUUUAUUUCAUAUGUAUCUUUUCACAUAUGUAAGCUUUGUUGAUCUAUCAUUGCACAAAACCAGUUUGAAGAUAAUGUGGUGUAUUACCAAAAGAAAACAUUUUCUAUUUUAAAAAAAGAUACUUGAUAUGCACCUCAAAAUAUGUACUAUUUAUAGAUCAGGGAACUGAAGAGGAAUUUUUAUUCUUCAUGUUCAAACUGUUACUGAUAGGGAAGUAUAUAUUUAAAGGAUGUUAUAAAAUUUUGGGCAUGUUUUGAAAUGAAUCCCUAAGUUUUUAAGUGUGUGCAAGGUUUCAUGUUUGUUAAUGAAUAGUCAACAAUGUUCAAUUAGUGCAAAUUUCUUCCUGGUCAAUUCUCUAUAGAUAGUUCUAUAUACAGUUUCAAAAUUUGAAUGUACAUAUUUGAUUUUUAAUAUUAUAAUAUUAUGACUGAUAUAGAAUAUAAAUUGUCUCUACCAUGCAUAUAGUUAUUCGAUUUGUAAUAAUUACUAUUUUAUUAAUUAAUGUCAGUAAUCUUUUGAACACAUUUGAUGAUGUUUAAUGUAUAGGAAAAUAUUCAUAUAUGCUAUAGUUUGGUAAUUCCUUGGAUUCAUAUUAUGUAAUAUUUAAUGUACCAUCAUAACAAAUACUGUUCCCAGGGUUACCACUCUGAAAAAGUGGGCUGUGUUUCUGAACAAGCUAUUUUGUAUUUUGAAAGCUUUUUUAGUGCCAUCCUUAGGGUUAUAUAGUGGUUGAUUAUUCAAACCCUUAUAACAAACAUGCAUACUGAUAUACAUGUAUAUCUUUUUCUAGGAGCAAUAUAAGUAUAUCUAAGUAUAUUCAAAUGAUACCUAGGUCUCAAUAUUCUCCUCCCUGCAAGUUUGGUAUUCAAUAAUAUUGCUUCUAGUGGCAAAUAAUAUACAUGUAGCGAUUGUAAUGCAUUGGGUUAUGUUUUUUACAUUAUUAUCGGUCCUGAAAACGGCAAAGUGUUCUUUUCUAUACUGAAACAAUAAUCCAAUACAAAUUUAGAAGGCUUUUAGACCCACUGUCCUUUGACAAUGUUUAAGUUAUGUUAUCAAAGUACUUGCCCUAUUUGACCAAAUAUUAGUCCUAUACCACUGAAGAUGAAUAUACAUGUGCCUGAUUUUGUUAUGCAAAAUAAAUUAUAACUAUUGGACAGACAGCUGAUUAAACACUAUUAUGGUCAUUCAAAACAGCUGAUAAUGGUUAACAUGAACAUUUUCAAAUUGGUAUAUCCCCCAAUUUAAGAGCACCUUUCAGGACUGCUGUAGAAAGCGUAAAAGAUGACAAAAUAUUGAACAAUAAUUCAAAUUUAAAUGACAUAUUUUGAUUAUAUCAAUCAAUGGGCAUUUUUCAUAACAUUUUGUAGCUUAAUGCUUUGAACAAUAAUUGUUUAUUUUCCAGAAUUAAUUGAUUAAAUUUUUAUUUAGAAUCCGCAAGCAAUUAAGUGCAUAAAACAAAGUGCUUUAUACAUAUUUCAGGUCUUUAGUUUCAUGUUAAGUGUUGUGAAAUUCGUUAAUGUAAUGUCCCUUUCUUACUUUCAAGAUACAUGGCAUUUUUCUGGGACCAGACAUCAGUUUGCUUUACAUUGAAUGUAAAUUCAGAAAAUACACUGUAUAAUGAAAAACAUCAGUACACAUAUUUAAAGCAGUUAUAUGAAUAGUGGGAAGUAAGAAAUAUGAUUAUGCUGAAAUACUACCAACUGUAAAAUUAAAGUCAGGUCAUGCAGAAAUAUAGCCUCAUUGUCAGAAAAGAUGCCAACAUAUACAUAUUUAUUUACAAUGUGUGACUGUUUUAUGUUGAAAUUUAAUUUAUCAACACCAGUAAUUUCUUCUAAAAGGAAUACUCCUGUAUCUGUCAUAUUUAAGGUGAUAAUUAUGAAUAAAAAUCAAGAACUUAU